UUCAACAUCACCGCUCUGCUCUGCUUGAGCCGCUGGCGGUCAUGGCUUCCAGCCCGGCUGGGAAGCGAAAGCGCGCUGGUCCAGUCGACAGCGCGCUCGGUGAGAUCUUCAUCGACACCACGCCGCGCAAGAAGCGAGCUCGAUUCCACUUGGACCACGAUGACCUGGAAAACUUCUCCGAUGCAGACUCCUAUGCUGGCAGCUACACGCCCUACGCCGACAGCGUCGAUGCCGCUGCCACGGACUCCAUGAACGAUAGCGAGACUCCCAUCACCGAAGCCUCGAGCACUCGGAGCAAAAGCCGACCGCGGGAGAAGAAAUUCAUGUGUACCUGGCCCUCCUGCGACAAGAAGUUCUCUCGACCUGUCCAGCUCCAAGCUCAUAUGAACUCACACACGGGCGAGCGGCCCUUCAAAUGCGACGAAGACGAUUGCUCACAAAGCUUCUUCAAACGGGACCAUCUCAGGCGACAUGUCAAAGACAAACAUGGGAACCAAUCUUUCACUUGUGCCUAUGUGGUCUUUAACGAUAUCAAAGGCCAGCAGGAAGCAUGCAACAGGACGUUCGCCUCGCAAGCGAAGCUCAAACGCCACAUGGCUGCUCACGAGGACAAGGAAGAAACCACUUGUUCUUGGCCACAUUGUCGUAAAGUAUUCCGGAAGCAAGACACGUUACAGCGGCACAUCAAGGCGGAUCAUUUGGGCGAGGAUGCGUACACAUGUACCAGAAAGAUGCCGGAUGGUAGUUCUUGCAGGGAGACAUUUCCCACACCGAGCCAACUCAAAAGCCACGAGAGAAAGGAGCACGAACCGCCCAAGUACAUUUGUGACAUCUGUGCUAGCGGCGAUGAGCCUCCUUUGGACGACGUGAUUCCCAACGAUCUUGACGAAGAGUUUCUGCCAGGUCCCGAAGACAUGGUUGCACCAAACGAAGAGCCGACUAAUGGCUCCAUGGAUGCACUCUCGCUGGACGAGGUGCCUACUGCUCCGCCCAGCUUCGGCCCAGGCCGCUUUCUUACAUUGCACGAGCUCCAGCGCCAUAAUCGUCUGUUCCACCCUCCAACGUGUUCUGACUGUGGUAAAGUGUGCAAGUCGAAAAAGGAUCUGGCCGCGCACAUGGAUAUCUCGCAUUCUGCUCAUUCAUCUGGCACGCCACACGUCGCACAGAAGCGAUUUGUGUGCCCAUAUGUCGGCUGUGACCGAUCGACAUUGGAGAAUGGAUUUACGAAGAAAGGCAAUAUGCAGCAACACGUCAAAACAGCUCACACCAAGGAGAAGAAGUAUGUCUGCGGCGAGUACGACUUGGGAGGGGUGGAGAAGCUGACCGGCUGGAAUCGGAUCGGAUGUGGCAGAGUAAUGGGUACCAAGCAAAGCCUGAUCGGGCACAUCAGGACUCAGCACAUGGGUCUUCCUGCACUCGUCAGCAAGCGGACCGGGCGCAUCGACAAAGUCAACAAGCACGAUUUGCUGCAAAUUCCCACUACUGAAGGAGCGACCACGACUGCCUACGAGGACGCAGAUCAAGACGUAAAUAUGCAAGACGAAUUCGCGCCAGAUAGGACGCUGUCGAUGAUAACUGGAUAUGGCUACGAGCAAAUCCGCCCCUUUGCUUGCCUGGAACGGGCUCGAGGCUGCCAAGCUCGCUUCACCAAGGUGUAUGAACUGUCAUACCAUAUGGAGAUGACACACGACUGGAACGUUGACGAUAUUAAUGAGGCGGUCGAUAAUCCUGAUACUUUUGCACCAGAAAGUGCCGGAGAUGAAGAUAAUGUGCUUAGGCAGAUGUUGAGGACGGAGCUGGAUGGCCCACUGAAGGGCGUGGUCGAUCCUCAGCUGGAUACAAUGCAGAUUUGAUGGGUAUUCAGCUUGUGGCUCGGGGCACUUUGCUUUAUUUGCGAAUCCUUUCGAGUGUUAGGCCUACCGAUGAGGGAAUGCUCUCGCUGUGUGAGGCGUGGCUCGGAGGACUUCACCACACUGGCUGGGGUUUACAUAUUAGACUGGCGUUUUUGUCUCUGAGAUACCCACUUGUUAGCUUUGCAUUAUCAGCGUGCAUGUAGUUCAUAAGAAUGAGUAAUUCACUAUUGAAG